AUGGAAGCCCUUGCUGAGAAUGUCAUUGGGCUACUGCGUUCUUUAGCUGCUAAAGAGCUUGACCUCCUUUGCAACUUCCAAGAUGAUUUGGAGACUAUGAAGAGGAAAGUCACUGGAAUUAAAGCCGUGCUUCGUGACGCUGAGAGAAAGGCCACGAAAAGUGAAGCGAUCAAUGAUUGGCUACAAAAGCUGAGAGAUAUGUUGCUUGAUGCCGAAGACUUGUUGGAUGCCUACGCUGCUGAGAAGCUAGCAAGGGAAGUGAUGACCAAAGAUAAAAUGGCGAAGGAGGUACGCAUAUUCUUCUCCAAAUCAAACCGAAUUGUUUCUGCUCAUAAAAUGGGUCGAAAAAUUAGGGCAAUUAGGAAGAAAAUAGACGAAAUUUUUGAUGAGAAGAAUCCACUUCAAUUGCAUGAGAGCUCUUCGAGCACUUCGAAUGAGUCUUGUGAAUGGAGACGAACCGGCCCAGAUGUGAGCGAACAAGAUGUUGUCGGGAGAGAUGAGGAAAGAAUGCAUCUUGUUAGUACCCUUUUAAGCUCUGAUGUUAAAAAUUAUGUCUCAGUGAUUCCUAUAGUUGGGAUCGGAGGAUUGGGGAAGACGACACUUGCUCAACAAGUGUAUAAUGAUGUGGCUGAUAAAAAUCAUUUUGAAACUAUGAUGUGGGUUAGUGUGUCUGAUGAAUCCCAUCAACUUUCCAAUAACACGUUAGCUCAAAAGAUCAUUAAGAAGGAAACAUCUGAUGGUGCCCUCGAACUAUUAAGACACAAAAUUAAGGAGAAACGAUUUCUACUCGUGUUAGAUGAUGUUUGGAAUAUUAAGGAUCGCGGGGAAUGGCUUAAAUUAGGAAACUUGUUCAAAGAUGGAAGAAAAGGAAGUAUGGUCAUUGUCACUACACGGAGUACGGAAGUGGCGGAUACAAUGGGCACAAAUCCACCUCUUUCCUUAAAGGAUUUGGAUGAAGAUAACUCUUGGGAGUUAUUUUGUAGAGUGGCUUUUCGGGACGGGAAAGAACCUGCUGAUCACAACUUGGUCGGGAUUGGAAAGGAUAUCGUCAGAAAAUGUCAUGGAGUUCCGCUUGCAAUAAGAACCAUUGGUAGCUUAUUGUUUAACAAAGAAGUGAGUGAGUGGUCAUCUUUUAGGGACAGUGAACUUGCAAAUAUAGAUUAUGAGAAUAGUAAUAUUUUUUCUAUCCUUAAACUUAGUUAUGAUCAUCUUCCCUUCUAUUUGAAAGAUUGUUUUGCAUUUUGCUCUUUGUUCCCAAAAGAUUACGAGAUUGAGAGAGAAACACUAAUUCAGCUAUGGAUAGCUGAGGGGCUCAUUCAACCUUUGGAUAAAACUAGGCGCUUGGAGCGCUUGGAAGAUGUUGGUGAUAAGUAUUUCAAGCAGUUGUUGUCGAGGUGCUUGUUUCAAGAUGUGACGGAAAACGAUUCUGGUGAUAUACGGUCAUGCAAGAUGCAUGACCUCAUACAUGAUCUAGCACAAUCAGUCGCUAAAAAUGAGUGUUACAUUGUCACAAGUGAAAAAACAGAAGAAGAGAAAUUUGGUGAUGGGAUUCGUCAUGUGUCAAGUCAUUUUCACGGUGCCUGGAAGUUUUCACUUGGUAAUGCCAACACCAAAAAAAUAAGAACAAUUUUGUUCCUACAAGGACAGUUGGAUUUUAUCUUGAGUCAGCCUUCAUCAAGAGUUUUUAAUCUAAUUUGUGGGCCUACAACAUCACUUCCAAAACACUUACGUGUACUGGUUCUUGUAAAUCAAGAGUUGAAAAUUCUAGAGAGUAUCAGAGACCUGAAGCAUUUAAGAUAUCUUGAUUUAAGUGGGAAUCAUAAACUCAAGAAGCUCCCACGAGGAAUCGCCAAGUUGUAUAACUUGUUGACCCUAAAACUUAGUAGUUGUUUAUCUUUGGCAUCACUUCCGGAGUCUAUCGGAAAUCUAACAUCAUUACAGUCUCUUGACCUCUCUGACUGCACUUCUUUGGCAUCACUUCCGGAGUCCAUCGGAAAUCUCACAUCAUUGCAGUCUCUUCGCCUCUCUGGCUGCACUUCUUUGGCAUCACUUCCGGAGUCCAUCGGAAAUCUCACAUCAUGGCAGUCUCUUGACCUCUCUCGCUGCACUUCUUUGGCAUCACUUCCGGAGUCCAUCGGAAAUCUCACAUCAUUUAAGUCUCUUGACGUCUCUGACUGCACUUCUUUGUCUCUUGACCUCUUUCGCUGCACUUCUUUAGCAUCACUUUCGGAGUCCAUCGAAAGUCUCACAGCAUUGCAGACUCUUGGCCUCUCUGGCUGCACUUCUUUGGCAUCACUUCCGGAGUCGAUCGGAAAUCUCACUUCAUUGCACUCUCUUGACCUCUCUAACUGCACAUCAUUGUCUCUUCGCCUCUCUGACUGCAUUUCUUUGGCAUCACUUCCGGAGUCCAUCGGAAAUCUCACAUCAUUUAAGUCUCUUGACGUCUCUGACUGCACUUCUUUGGCAUCACUUCCGGAGUCCAUCGGAAAUCUCACAUCGUUGCAGUCUCUUGACCUCUCUGACUGCACUUCCUUGGCAUCACUUCCGGAGUCCAUCGGAAAUCUCACAUCCUUACAGUCUCUUGACCUCUUUGGCUGCACUUCUUUGGCAUCACUUCCGGAGUCCAUCGGAAGUCUCACAGCAUUGCAGACUCUUGGCCUCUCUGGCUGCACUUCUUUGGCAUCACUUCCGGAGUCUAUCAGAAAUCUCACAUCAUUGCAGUCUCUUCACCUCUCUGGCUACACUUCUUUGACUUCCUUGGCAUCACUUCCGGAGUCCAUCGGAAAUCUCACAUCAUGGCAGUCUCUUGACCUUUCUCGCUGUACUUCUUUGGCAUCACUUCCGGAGUCCAUCGGAAAUCUCACAUCAUUGCAGUCUCUUAACCUCUCUGACUGCACUUCUUUCGCAUCACUUCCGGAGUCCAUCGGAAAUCUCACAUCAUUGCAGUCUCUUGACCUCUCUGGCUGCACCACUUUGGCAUCACUUCCGGAGUCCAUCGGAAAUCUAAAAUCAUUGCAGUUUCUUUACCUCUUUGACUGCACUUCUUUGGCAUCACUUCCGGAGUCCAUCGGAAAUCUCACAGCAUUACAGACUCUUGGCCCCUCUGGCUGCACUUCUUUGGCAUCACUUCCGAAGUCGAUUGGAAAUCUAAAAUCAUUGCAGUCUCUUCGCCUCUCUGGCUGUACUUCUUUGGCAUCACUUCCGGAGUCCAUCGGAAAUCUCACAUCAUUUCAGUCUCUUGACCUCUCUAGCUGCACCUCUUUGGCAUCACUUCCGGAGUCCAUCGGAAAUCUCACAUCAUUGCAGACUCUUGACCUCUCUCGCUGCACUUCUUUGGCAUCACUUCCAGAGUCCAUCGGAAAUCUCACAGCAUUGCAGAGUCUUGACCUCUCUGGCUGCACUUCUUUGGCAUCACUUUCGGAGUCCAUCGGAAAUCUCACAUCAUUUAAGUCUCUUGACGUCUCUGACUGCACUUCUUUGGCAUCACUUCCGGAGUCCAUCGAAAAUCUCACAUCAUUGCAGUCUCUUCGCCUCUCUGGCUCCACUUCUUUGGCAUCACUUCCGGAGUCCAUCGGAAAUCUCACAUCAUUGCAGUCUCUUUACCUCUCUGGCUGCACUUCUUUGGCAUCACUUCCGGAGUCCAUCGGAAAUCUCACAUCAUUGCAGUCGCUUGACCUCUCUAGCUGCACUUCUUUGGCAUCACUUCCGGAGUCCAUAGGAAAUCUCACAUCAUUGCAGUCUCUUCGCCUCUCUGGCUGCACUUCUUUGGCAUCACUUCCGGAGUCCAUCGGAAAUCUCACAUCAUUGCAGUCUCUUCGCCUCUCUGACUACACUUCUUUGGCAUCACUUCCGGAGUUCAUCGGAAAUCUCACAUCAUUUAAGUCUCUUGACGUCUCUGACUGCACUUCUUUGGCAUCACUUCCGGAGUCCAUCGGAAAUCUCACAUCGUUGCAGUCUCUUGACCUCUCUGACUGCACUUCUUUGGCAUCACUUCCGGAGUCCAUCGGAAAUCUCACAUCAUUACAGUCUCUUGACCUCUCUGGCUGCACUUCUUUGGCAUCACUUCCGGAGUCCAUCGGAAAUCUCACAUCAUUGCAGUCUCUUGACCUCUCUGCCUGCACUUCUUUGGCA